AUGCCCGAGCUAACCGGGAACUGGCUUCACUUUAGCGCUCGUGAACCAAAGCGCAAACGCGCCGAGCUGGUCUGCGUCUUCUGCCACUCCAAGAAGAUCAAAUGCGACCUUCAAGGUCGCAAAAAUCAGGGCUUUGAGAAGUGCAGCAACUGUGACUGUCCAGAUCGGGAGUGUCACCUCCGCCCCUCAAAGCGAGGGAAGCAUCGUCCCGGCGCCGCUGCUCCUGAUACGCGUCGGGAUGCAACGAAACUGCCCGAGGGCCCUGUUCAGGUAGACAUUGACGGACCCCAGACUCAGCUCCAGUCCCCUUCAUCGCUGCAGGAUGACCGCAUUCCAAAUACCGCCCACUCUGGUUCAGCUCAGGCACUACCUGUUAUUUUUAAUCCCCAGCCGCCUCAGGCCAGCAUCUCGCCCACUGAAGACACCUGCCACAGCCACGCGGGAGAUGUCGACACCGGGUUUCUGCAGGUCUACGGCCCCGAAAACCAACUUGAGGCGGAGCAACAGGAACUCGAAGCAAUCAUUGAGAUUAGACACCAUGUGUCCGACACACCACGAAGGGGGCUUCAGCAAAGUUUCGCAGAGACGUACUGGGAGUAUUGCUACCCAUGGUGCCCGGUCCUCGAUAGAGCCACCGUCAUGGGCGACAUAGCACGAUCUCCCUUGCUUGAGAAUGCCCUUUCUUUGGCAGCAAGCCAUAUUCAGCCGCCGCUGGUACCACACGAUGGCCCGGCGAAAUACUAUGAUCGGGCAAGGGCCAUUUUCUACAAUGACGAAGAGGCCGAUGGCCUUACUGCGUUGAAGGCGCUGACUUUGUUCUACUGGUGGGCUCCUCGUCCCCCCUCAACCGCUCACAGGCAUUCAUCUUGGUGGUGGACUUCAGUCAUCAUCAGACACGCUCAGCAGAUGAACCUACAUCGCGAACCAUCUGAAAACCAUCCUCUCAGAGAUAGGAUGGACCUGAGCUUGCGGCGACGGAUUUGGUGGACAGUAUUUGCCCGGGAGCGAUUGACGGCGCUGUGUCAGAGUAAACCUUGCAUCAUUGAUCCCGAUGACUGCAAUAUCCAAGAACCCCAAUCUCUCGACUUCCCUAGCGACCCUAUUUCUCAGCACAAAGGACAAAUCUUCAUAUACUGGAUCCGUCUUUGUGCCAUUGUGGGUAGGGUGGCUAAAUACUUAUCGAAGUCGUCUAACUCAGCUUCGUAUCCAUUCCCCGUCAAUCUUCAACAAGAAUUGGUCGAAUGGGUUCACUCCCUGCCUCUCGAGCUACAAUUGCCAAUCGGUUCGGCAACUACCGAGUCUUUUGACCGCGACGUCCACCAGCUUCAUCUCCCUUACCUCACCACCAUCAUCAUACUGCACCUAAAGCAGUCUGCUCAUGACCUCCCGCAGGCCCUACCACCCGCAAUUCUAGCGGCGUCAUGCAUCGCACGGAUACUACGCGAUAUUUUAUCGCGCGGAAAUGCCCGUUUCCUGAUGGCAAUCACUUGCUGGUACAGCGGAACAGCCUUCAUCGCACUAUUGCAGGCCUGCAGGAUCGAGCAAUUCGCACAAGAAGCCGAGGAGGACUUGGACGUGCUUACUCAUGCCGUUGGGCAGCUUCAGCAGAUGUGGGCUUCGGCCAACGUUAUCCGACAAGGAUUCGAGCGUCUGAGGAGAUCCCGCAUAACCGGCGCACCUAAUAACACGGCAACAAACUUGGGACUAAGUGCGAAUGACCCCGAUCUGUUAUCGAUUCCCAUCCACGGCAACUCUCACGACUUUGAAAUGCAGUCGGCGACACUCGGUAUGCCUGAUACUGCCGAUGCGCCCGACUGGACAUUGCUCUUCCCUUUCGUCACACAUUCCACCAGUCGAAUAGCAAAAGGUCUUUUGUCAAACAAGGAGCAGGGCGCAGCGACAAGAGGAUUCCCGUCCCCGGAGAACGCACACUUCCACGAAACCUUGUUCAACCAAUACCAGGACCUCCUUGAGCCAUUCAUGGACUAUCCCCUGGACUUCUCAAGCAUGAGCUUCCAGGCUUAG